AUGACACUAAGGUGUUUAAAUCAUCAGAAAUCACACGAAUUCAUUUGUUAUCAAUGUAAUAGUUUGAUGUGUUCAAAAUGUAUUACCAUUCAUAUCAGAGAUCAUCCUGAUCAUUCCGAUAAAAUAGAACAUAUCGAUGAAAUCAAGGAUUCAUUAAGUACAUUGAAAUUAGAUGAUAUUAUUGACACCACAACAACAAACAAUAAUGAUAGCACUAACAGCAGUACUAAUAAUAUUCAUUCUCAAAUCAAAAAUAAAAUUAAAUCUCUUUGGGAAUCAUUAAGAUCAUCGACAUCCAGAUAUCAAGCAUUAUCAACAACAGAGAAUGAUAUCAAACAACACUUUGAACAAUUACAUCAAUAUCUAAUCAUUGAAGAACAUAAACUACAAAGAGAUAUUAUCAAUGAUAAACAUACAAUCACAAAUCAAAUCGAUAAAAAUGUUAAGCAUUUGAAAUAUUUAAUAAAUAUUAUAAUGUUAUUUAAUAAAUUAAAUAAUAAUAAUAAUAGUAGUAGUGAUAAUAAUAGUAAUGGUAAUAUUAAUAACGAGGAUACAUCAAUUAUAACAGAUACAACAACAUUAUAUUCAACAACAACAAUAAUGGAAUCAAUAACAACAAGUUCAUCAUUACAAUCAUUCAUCAAUCAUAAUAAUCAAACAUUAUUAAACGAUAAAAUUAAUUAUUAUUUCAAUAUUGAUGAACUUCUCAAACAACAUUCCAACGAUUCAUCAUCAAUAUUAUUAGAUAUCAUUCAUAAAUACAACAAUCAAUUCAAUGAAUCAACAACAAUCACAGACAAUAAUAACUUAACAUUAUCAUCAUAUAAAUUAUCAAUCAAACAACCUGAUUUCAAUCAAUUGAAUUCAAUCAUUGAACAAUCAAUCAAACUUGAUAACAUUGAAUCAACUGAAUCAAUAAAUACAACAACAACAACAAACAACAAUGAUAAUAAACAAUCUUAUAUUUUCACAACACACCAAUUAGAUGGAGCAACACUGAUCAACACAUCAAACAACAAUUCAAUUGAAGAAUUAAAGUUUGAUUAUCAAUUUAAUGGUACAUACUCCUCUAUUGUUUCAAUUGAUGAAUAUAUCUAUAUAAUCGGUGGAUAUCAUAAUCCAAACAAAUGGAUUAAAAUAUCAGCCAAAUCGAAAUCAAUUGAACAUAUUGGUGAUAUCGAAGGAAUCAAAGGUGAUUAUUUUAUAUCGGUUUGUUAUGAUGGUCAAGAUCAUAUCUAUUUAUUGAAUGGUCACAAUAUAAAGAAUAGAAUUGAUCGAUUCAACAUCAAAACAAUGAAAUUUGAAUCAUAUCAUCAAUUACCUUUUGGAUAUGAUCGUCAAGUAUCAUCAAUGAUCUUCAAAGGUUCAUUAUAUUCAAUAUCAUACGAUCAGAAUAAGCUAUUUGAAUUCGAUUUGACAAAUAGAACGAUAACAGAUCAUGAAAUUGACAUUAUACCAUUCUCAGCAUGUCAUGAUAACAAUGGAAAUUUCUUCAUAUUAGAUCGAUCAAACAAACGAUUCAUCAAAUACAAUGUUGAAACCAAACAAUCAAUCAAUCUCAAUGCGGUUCCUCUCGCAAAUGCAUAUUUUCCAUUUGUGAUGUAUCAUCGAGAAUCACCAACAUCAAGUUAUAUCUAUUCAUUUGGCUAUUCCAGUAAAUGUAAUUUCAAAUAUUCAAUUGAAUCCAAUCAAUGUGAACCAAUCUUUAGAGAUAUUAUUAAUCAUAACAGAGCGUGGUGUGCUUCCACAUCAAUUACAUUUUAA